CUCAAGCUGUGUUGUGGAGAGGGAAGCACCAGACACUUGUGUCCCAUCCUCUUUUACCUGUUCUGUCCCAUUGCAAAGUGGACAUGUGGUUUUGGUCAGGAUGUGACUCAUUCCAUGCUCCUAGGAGAAACUAGCCUGUUUGUAAGGCAGUCUGCUGAUCAGGCUGUAGUGCACGGUGUGAAGCAAUCAACAGCCACAGCCUUUGCUGACAGCAUUUUUGGAACAGGAAUCUUUGCUUACCUGAACUACCAUGUUCCCCGGACAAGACGGGAGAUCCUGGAGACCCUCAUCAAAGGGCUCCAGCGGCUGGAGUACCGAGGCUACGAUUCUGCAGGUGUGGGAAUUGAUGGUGGAAAUGACAAAGACUGGGAAGCUAAUGCUUGCAAAGUCCAGCUUAUCAAGCAGAAAGGGAAAGUGAAGGCUCUGGAUGAAGAGGUUCACAAGCAACAGGACCUGGACCUUGACAUCGAGUUUGACGUCCACCUGGGGAUUGCCCACACCCGCUGGGCCACCCAUGGCGAGCCCAGCCCUGUCAACAGCCACCCGCAGCGCUCUGACAAGAACAAUGAGUUCAUCGUCAUCCACAACGGGAUCAUCACCAACUACAAGGACCUGCAGAAGUUCCUGGAGAGCAAGGGCUAUGACUUCGAGUCGGAGACAGACACAGAGACCAUCGCCAAGCUGGUCAAGUACAUGUAUGACAACCGGGACAGCGACGACAUCAGCUUCACCACCCUGGUGGAGAGGGUCAUCCAGCAGCUGGAAGGUGCUUUUGCCCUGGUGUUCAAGAGCGUUCAUUACCCUGGACAAGCAGUUGGUACUAGGCGCGGCAGCCCCCUGCUGAUCGGGGUGCGCAGCGAGCACAAACUCUCCACCGACCACAUCCCCAUCCUCUACAGGACAGGGAAAGACAAGAAGGGAAGUUGCAACCUGUCUCGUGUUGACAGCACCACCUGCCUUUUCCCUGUGGAGGAGAAAGCUGUGGAGUACUACUUUGCUUCUGAUGCUAGUGCUGUCAUUGAGCACACCAACAGAGUGAUUUUCCUGGAAGAUGAUGAUGUAGCAGCCGUGGUCGACGGGCGCCUCUCCAUCCACCGCAUCAAGCGCACGGCCGGCGACCACCCCGGGCGUGCCGUCCAGACCCUGCAGAUGGAGCUUCAGCAAAUUAUGAAGGGCAACUUCAGCUCAUUUAUGCAGAAGGAAAUUUUUGAACAGCCAGAAUCUGUUGUUAAUACCAUGAGAGGAAGGGUCAACUUCGAUGACUACACUGUAAAUCUGGGUGGGCUGAAGGAUCACAUUAAGGAGAUCCAGAGGUGUCGUCGGUUAAUCCUUAUUGCCUGUGGGACAAGUUACCACGCUGGGGUUGCGACCCGUCAGGUUCUGGAAGAACUGACUGAAUUACCUGUGAUGGUUGAACUUGCCAGUGACUUCCUGGACAGAAACACCCCUGUCUUCAGAGAUGAUGUUUGCUUUUUCAUCAGCCAGUCAGGUGAGACAGCAGAUACUUUGAUGGCUCUUCGAUACUGCAAAGAGAGAGGAGCCUUGACUGUGGGAAUCACUAACACUGUUGGCAGCUCCAUAUCACGAGAGACAGAUUGUGGAGUCCAUAUCAAUGCAGGACCAGAGGUUGGGGUUGCCAGUACCAAGGCCUACACCAGCCAGUUUGUGUCUCUGGUGAUGUUUGCUCUGAUGAUGUGUGAUGACAGAAUCUCCAUGCAGGAAAGGCGCAAGGAAAUCAUGCGUGGUCUGAAGGGACUGCCAGACUUAAUUAAAGAAGUGCUGAGUAUGGAUGAUGAGAUCCAGAAGCUGGCCACAGAGCUAUACCAUCAGAAGUCUGUUCUCAUCAUGGGACGUGGCUACCAUUACGCUACAUGUCUGGAGGGAGCUUUGAAAAUUAAAGAAAUCACCUACAUGCACUCAGAAGGGAUUCUGGCUGGUGAGCUGAAGCAUGGUCCUCUGGCACUGGUGGACAAGCUCAUGCCUGUGAUCAUGAUCAUCAUGAGAGACAACACAUAUGCCAAGUGCCAGAACGCCCUCCAGCAGGUCAUUGCACGUCAGGGGCGACCUGUUGUGAUUUGUGAUAAGGAAGACAUUGAGACAAUUAAGAGCAAUAAGAGAACAAUCAAAGUUCCCCAUUCAGUAGACUGUCUGCAGGGGAUCCUGAGCGUUAUCCCUCUUCAGCUUCUGGCUUUCCAUCUUGCAGUUCUCAGGGGAUACGAUGUUGAUUUUCCAAGAAAUCUGGCCAAGUCCGUAACUGUAGAGUGAAAGAUCAUCUGAAUCAUAGGGGCAAAGGGGAAUUAAAUGAAAAGACUUUUUUUGGUACCAAAAUAACUUGACUUUAAAGCCCCCUAGGUAAAUCUUAUUUUGGUAAAUCAUUAUUUAAGAUCACCAUAAUUCCAUUACAUUAGUGAUUGUCAAAUUGAUUCCACAUGCUAUGUCUAUAGCUUUGGGUUUUUCUGAACAACAGCUUUCCAAGAAGUUAAAUGGCUUUCUUUAAAGAUGACUGAGUCUUCUAGGUAAGGGGCCCUCCACUUUAAGAUAAUGUCCUUGUUUCUUAUCCAGUGUGGCUCAUUCCAAUCAUUGAUGAGAAACCAUUAAAUGAAUUACCUGUCAUGCUCUCAGGCAGUGAAACAGGAUAACAGAAUAUACAACUGGAACAAGAGCUGUUAGAGAUAUUUUAACAGUGAAUGAAACUGUAAAUGAGCAUUUGGGGUCAAAUUCUGCCUUAUGUACUACAGGGAGUUCAGCUGGCCUGUCACAUCCUCCUAAAUUUUUGGCACAUGGUAAAUGUGUUGCUUCAGAAGAAUUUUUAUCUAUGCCAAAUACCUAGCAAGUGACAAUCCUGUAGACUCAGUGGACCACAGGGCAUUGUGUAACACCAGCAUAAACCUGUGGUUGUGCCCAUCAGGCCACUGAACUCACACCUUUGAGUGUCAGUGGAAGCAGUGGCUGACUGUGUGGAUGCUCACCAAAGUGGGGGAGAAGAGAAGAAUCUGAACAGUGCUCAGUUUGUGCUGGUGUUUUGUUGCUGUUCUUUGGGUUUUUUAACCAAGUAGAAUUCUUCCCUUGUUGAGGGUUUUCCCCUGGAACUGAGCACUGUGGCACUAUAAACACAUCCCAAGGAACCAGCUUUAUGCUGCUGCUGAAUGUGCAGGAUAAAGUUUGUACCUUGUCUCUCCAGCAGAGAGAUGGAGUCCAGCUCCCUCCCUGAGGCUUUCUACCUUAGCCAAAGUCCCUCAAUGAAGGCAUGAGUUCUGCUUUAGUUAGGAGCAGUUUGUGUGUGACUUGUGUCAAAUUCAGCUCGUUUAAAAUUGCAGGGGACAAAAAAAAGCUUGAUAGACAGGACAGAAAUACAUACGUUGGUAAUAGUUUUAUAACAAGCUUGCAGAGAAUCAGAAACGACACCAAAAACACACCUUUAGGACUUAACACUGACUUUUUCAAAGGGCAGUUAGCUAUGUAUUUCCUACUGCAAAAAGGUUAAUUUUCCUACCAUGUUGAUGGGUUUUGAAAUAGCUUUACACAUGUACCUAAAAACACAAGGCAUGAAGUAGUGCUUGCCACAUGCAGGUGAAUAUCCCAAGUCACUUGGUGCCCCUUAAGAACUCCUCCAACAAAGGCAGUGCUUGGGGACUGUCCUCUGCCCACCAAAAGCCAGCUCUCCUUGCACAGGGUGACUGGUGCUCAGCAGCACGAGUCUAGGCUGACAUCCACUGGAAGGUCACUGCUCAGCCUGAGGUGUUUCCAGAGCCUGUGUCUGUAGCAAUUCUAUUGUAUAUAAACCACAGUAACUCUUUCCCACCAAAUUCAGUAUCAGCUCCAGCCUUAGUUUUGAGAAUGAAAUGCUGUGCGCCUGGAAACAGCUUCUCAAAACCAAUAUAUGUAUGUUUAUUAAUACAUCAUAUUCAGAUUAUUAAUUAAUGAAUGCAUUGUGCUGCCAGUGUCUGUUUAAGAACAAAGUAGUAAAUCCUACAUUUUAUUGGUACAGCAUUUGCUGAUGAGGCACUAACUCCUAACAGUGAUGUGCCUCUUUCUAAACAUGACCAGGAAACUUCCCUGCCUCAUUUGAAGAUGAUACUUAUCCUUAAGGAAGAACAAACACAUGUUCAGUGCUAACAGUUUGAAGACAGUUCCUCUUCCCCCUUCUCCCACUCAGCUUAAGAGAAAAGUGAAACUGCAAACCUUUCACAUGGAGACUGGAACCAAGGCAGGGCUCCUCAGCACAAUGACACAAGGACUUGCCAGUAUCACAUUCUCCUUAGCAGGGGAUGUCACAUGAAAGGACCCUGAAAGAGAAUGAAUUUAGGGUUUGUUUUUCGUCCUGUUCUGAGCAGAAGAGCAGCAAGCAUUGCUUUUAUCUAGCCUUGUGCAGAUGAUGGUGAGCUUACCAAGUCUCCUAGCAAAGAGAAUGGUAGCCAUCCCUGGUAAAACACAAGUUGCUGUUCAGUACAAGUUUGAUACUGCAGGCUGUUAAAUAGUUAUGAAAGUGAGUUGUAUACAGAGAGGACCAAAGAACAGGAGUCUAAGUUAGAAAUGUCAGUCUGACACUCUCAUGUCAGGGGCAACUGUACAGAUAUUGCUGAGCUGUUUGGUUUUAUGCUGUGAUAGACAAAUCCUUAUUCUUUGCAAUUUGAGGCAUUAAAACUCAUGACAGAUUCUUCAUUGUCAGAAGUAAAGGUAGUUUCUCCCCCCCUGCAUUCUACAAGUUGCCAGUAAACUGCCUGUAUAAAACUCUGCCUACCAAAACAGAGGUUUAGUCGCUACUUGCCACUAGGCUGUUGGAUGUUGUAAUGCUUAAUAUCAAAGACUGCUGUGGAACACACUUGCUAUGAAGAAUUUCUCUGAUGAGCAUGGUAGGGAACCCAUUAAGCAUCUCGUUGUUAAUUGCCAUGCCUGUGUGAAGUGAGAAUGUAUAAAGGACUCUUCUUAGCUUUCCUUACCUCAUUUUGUCUAGAUGUGUUGCAUUUUGAUGAACAGAUGAUGUUUCUGUUUUCCUUAGAAAACUUAGAUUGUCUUGUGAUAUUUAUUAACAGCCAAUCUUCUGCUCUCCAAAAUGAAUGUUUUGCUUACUGAGCCAGUAAAACUCCCUCCUUCCUAAUUGAGGUGUUUAAAAAUUCAGUCACCCUGUCACUAAAAUUGAGCCACAGGUGAAUACAGACAAAGGCCUUUGCUCUUUGGAAUAGCAGCUGCCUGCUACUGCAGACUUUUAUUCAGAAUUUAUUUUUAUUUAAAUAACUGUUUUCUUCAUGUGUGUCUACAGAGGCUUAAAGGGAAGCACACACCCAGAGAUCUUAGGGUUUUUUAAUUACCAAAGACCAGAGAACUUCAGGCUCAGCACACAUUGUUUCUCCCCUACAGAUCUCAGACAAAUUCCACACAGCUAGUAAGGUAAUUUCCUGUUGUGUGUGGGACAAAUCUGUACAUGUAAUACUUGUGUCAGAAACGUUUUCCCUCGUAGCUGUACUGAAGAAAGGCUACAGACAGUUCAGAUGAGUAAGUGCUGUCUGCCUGAAUGUAAGAGCCCAGACAGUGUCUGGGGAGCUGUGUCUGUGUAAGGUGCAACAGUGACAUGGCAAGUGCCACCUCCUUUUUAGCCUGAUCUUACUGCUGAAGGUAAUUACCUGCCACUACCACGGGGAUGCCCUUCUGGCCAGAAAGCUGCCUUGACACCUGGACUUGUGAAGUCUCAACCCUUCUGCACUGAAAGAGCUUCACACAGACCAUUUCCAAGUCCAGCUGGGAGAGUUCACAGCCACAACAUGGCACGUAAUCGUGCUCAGGAGCCUUAGGACUAGCCUAGACACAGGAGCUUCGGUUGAACUGCAGACUGAACAUCUGAAGGUGUAAGGAAGACCAACAUAUUAGUGCAAAAUCAGGCUUUUCUCCUCUCUAGCUGUCACUAGUAGUCCGUGAUGCCCCAAGUAGGGAUUGAAAUAGCAGUGUGUAGCUGUGGCUAAUUUUAGAUCCUACCUGAGUGUACCAAACUUGCCUCAAAGCAUGGAGUCCCUCCUCCACACUAGAAACAGGAAGAAGAAACAAAGAAGUAUAUGGUUUGAAUAAAAGGAAAGAAACACAAACUAUUUGCCUUCAGCUCAAGUAAAUAGACAUUUGAAGUGGCAAAUACCACCCGUUCUUCCCCUCUAGAGCUAUUUGCCUCUACCUGUACAUACCCAACUGGCUUGGUUUGUGGGGACCAGUCUGUAUCUGUUGUGUGCUGUAUGCAGAAGAUGUCUUUCUUUUGUCUGUAGUGUUUUAUAAUUUGGGUUUGUCUUUUUGCUUACUUUUUUGUAUCUCACCCUUUGAAUAAAAUCAAGUGCCCUACAUUAAACAAACUGAA